CCUCACAACCCCAGGAUGCUCCCCUUCGCCUCCUGCCUGCCGGGAUCUCUGCUACUCUGGGCGCUGCUGGUGUUGUUCUUGGGGGCAGCGUCUCCCCAGGAUUCGGAGGAGCCGGACAGCUACACGGAAUGCACAGAUGGCUACGAGUGGGACCCGGACAGCCAGCACUGUCGGGAUGUCAACGAGUGCCUGACCAUCCCAGAGGCCUGCAAGGGCGAAAUGAAGUGCAUCAACCACUAUGGGGGUUACCUGUGCCUGCCCCGCUCGGCCGCCGUCAUCAACGACCUGCACGGGGAGGGAUCCCCACCUCCACUGCCCCCUGCUCCACACCCCAACCCCUGCGCUCCAGGCUAUGAACCUGACGAGCAGGAGAGCUGUGUGGAUGUGGACGAGUGUGAACAGGACUUGCAUGACUGUCGCCCCAGCCAGCAGUGCCACAACCUGCCUGGCUCCUACCAGUGCACAUGUCCUGAUGGCUACCGCAAGAUUGGGCCCGAGUGUGUGGACAUCGAUGAGUGCCGCUAUCGCUACUGCCAGCACCGCUGCGUGAACCUGCCUGGCUCCUUUCGCUGCCAGUGUGAGCCCGGCUUCCAGCUCGGGCCCAACAACCGUUCCUGUGUGGAUGUGAAUGAGUGUGACAUGGGGGCCCCUUGUGAACAGCGCUGCUUCAACUCUUACGGCACCUUCCUGUGUCGCUGUCACCAGGGCUAUGAGUUGCACCGCGAUGGCUUCUCCUGCAAUGAUAUCGAUGAAUGCAGCUAUUCCAGUUACCUCUGCCAGUACCGCUGUGCUAACGAGCCGGGCCGCUUCUCCUGCCACUGCCCGCAGGGCUACCAGCUGCUGGCCACACGCCUCUGCCAAGACAUCGACGAGUGUGAGUCGGGCGAGCACCAGUGCUCCGAGACCCAGACCUGUGUCAACUAUCACGGGGGCUACCGCUGCGUGGAUACCAAUCGCUGUGUGGAGCCCUACGUCCAGAUGUCUGACAACAGAUGUCUGUGUCCGACCUCCAAUCCCCUGUGCCGCGAGCAGCCUUCAUCCAUCGUGCACCGCUACAUGAGCAUCACCUCGGAGCGGAGCGUCCCCGCCGACGUGUUUCAGAUCCAGGCAACGUCUGUCUACCCCGGCGCCUACAACGCCUUUCAGAUCCGUGCGGGAAACUCGCAGGGGGACUUCUACAUUCGGCAAAUCAACAACGUCAGCGCCAUGCUGGUCCUCGCCCGGCCUGUGACGGGGCCCCGGGAGUAUGUGCUGGACCUGGAGAUGGUCACCAUGAACUCGCUCAUGAGCUACCGGGCCAGCUCUGUACUGAGACUCACCGUCUUCGUGGGGGCCUAUACCUUCUGAGGGGGUGGGGGGACCUGCAGGAAGACACUGUUGUGAAGAGCAGAGAGAGAAAGGCAAUAAAGGGAGAAAGAA